AUAUAAGCGCCCGUCUUGCAAACAAAAUAAAAAGUGAAAGUUGAGGCAGCGCCGUCCAGUUCCAUUUGUAAGACUCAAUUACCGGAACCAAAUGGCAUUCGCACUGACAAAUUUGCUGCAAACGCUGCGCAUUGGCCCGCUGGGCAUCAACAAAUCGGAUGCCAGCGAUGCGAUUCUGGUGGAGAAGGCCAAGGCGAAGAUCGACUUGCAGUUGGCUGUGCCGGAGAUAACGCUGGAGGAGGUGGCACAUCAUGAUAGCUUCGACGAUUGCUGGAUUGUCAUCUACGAUCGGGUCUAUGAUGUUACGCACUUUCUGCGCGAGCAUCCUGGAGGCGAUGACGUCAUCAUGGACCAUGCCGGAAGAGAUGCGACCAUUGCCUUCCACGGCACCGGACAUUCACGCCACGCUGUAGAGCAAAUGCGUCAGUUCCUGAUCGGUCAGCUGCCGCCGGAUCAAUGCAUCUUUCGCACGGGCCAGAACAAGGUUCUGUCCUCAGGCAUACCAGAUUGAUUGGCAGGGGAAGGCACCCCGAGAGCUCGCCGUCCGAUGCUUUAGCAUAUAUAUAUAUAUAUAUUAUGCAUUUAUAUUUAUUUCGCAUCUAGAGUAUUUUCAUCUUAUUAGAUUUGAUGGAUUGUUUCUAAUCAAUUUAUAGACUUGAUAAUAGCAAGUUCAUUACAUUAUUACCUUGCUAUUUAAACU